AUCCUAGCAAUUUGUCCAGACCUCCCCGCUGAAUAAUCUACUACUCGGCAACCGCCUCCGUCCAUGUGGCAUUCCAUGGUUGCUCGCAGUUAUACUCUUAGCGUAGAUCGAAGGUAAGGUUGCACACGCCCCCUCGACGGCAGACCUCUCUGUACUCUGGAGUCCAGCUUCUUUGAGGUUUGACGAUGAGCAACAUGAUCUGGAAUCGAAGCAGGAUGGGGUUGCUCCUCUGAUCAAUGGCAACUGAACAGUGUCUUCACACGGCUAUGCUAGCCUUUAAAUUCAGUAUGUCAUCGAGGUCGGCCAGAACAGUUGGUUUGAGGUCAAUCCAAAGCCUCUGGCGAGUGGCGCUGUUCCCCAUCACGGUUAGCUCCCUGGAAUCGCAUUCCCCAACCUAUUGGAUUAACCAGUCCAUCACCCUUAAGAUCACCGCUGGAUUGGUUAACAUCUUUAGAUCCAGCAGCCACACUGUCGCAAAAUGUGCGUUCAGCCGGUCUGCCUCGAUCGUUGCGCUUACAACAUUAACUCAUACUAUGAACAACAUUGUUUCAAGCAGGAGUUCCCUUACGUGCGAGUCGAUUCGAUCCGUCCCACGUCGAUUGGAAUGGAGAAGCCGAAACACCCUCGAAACAAUGCCGUCGAAUAAUCAUUUGCGGCCACAGCCAUCUUACAUCUGUAAGGCGAUUCACAUUUUAGAGCAUUGAAUUUCAGACUGGUUCAGUGGGUGUAGUAUAUCCCACUGGCCUCCUAACUUAUGAGUGGUCACAUUAAAAGGCCAGGAGCCUAGGAUGGCUAUGAUUAUCCCAUUUCUUAAAGUGUGACUCAACGACG